AUGAGAAUCCGAGAGACAAAAGAUCAACAUAUUCGCAUCAAACAAGGUUGGUUACGGCUCAAACAACAACCCUGCACAUACCCUCCCCCGGCCGUCGGUAAUCGGCCGCUGCCCCCGCCUAUUGUUGUAUUUGGGUAUCCCUUCAAUCCAGGCGUAAGUGUCGUUGAUGCGCGAGUAAAGGGAUAGAUAAGCUGCCUGUCAGCGGCGGAACUGAUAUAGUCAUAGAAAGAGCUAGUUUGAGUGACAGCAGCUUCAACCAAUCAGAAGCCGACUUUUUCAGUCCGCUGCUGGAACGUCUGCUUUGAUUGACAGCGCCGGCCGCGAAUCGUCAGCCCGCGUGUCACUGGCUCGAGGCCUCCGCUGGCCAAUCGCUGACGGAGACGGCCCUGCGUUCCCCUCCCCCACGCCGCUGCUGCGCCGCUCGGUCGUUUUAGGAGUGGGAAAAAUAAAUAAAUAAAUAUUAAACCCCCCGCAACAGGAUCCGCGGUCAGUGAGAGGGCGCGAAGGCGUCAUGUAAAUCGGCCGAACCGUGAGCCUGUGAGGAUGAAGCGCUGAGGUGAGGGGAGCCGUGUGAUCCUGUCAGGCCCUGUCUUUCCUUUAACCUUCGCUUCGGCCCACGAUGUGCGCGGCGCCUGCCGGCCUCGGAGAAUCACAGUGCGGCCUGCUGUGAGAGGGACAGCGAGAGCUGGGGACACCGCUACACCGGGACAAAACCACUGACUGAUUACUGUAACCGGCAGGUAAGGGUCCAACUACACGGCCACAGCUACCGGCCCCAGCUACACGGCCACCUACCGGCCACGGCCACCUACCGGCCCCAGCUACACGGCCACCUACCGGCCACAGCUACACGGCCACCUACCGGCCCCAGCUACACGGCCACCUACCGGCCCCAGCUACACGGCCACCUACCUGCCACAACUACGCGGCCCCAGCUACACGACACCUACCGGCCCCGGCCUGCAGCCACUACCGGCCCCAGCUACACGGCCACCUACCGGCCCUCACCGGCCCCAGCUACACGGCCACCUACCGGCCCUCACCGGCCACAGGUACACGGCCACAUACCGGCCCCAGCUACACGGCCACCUACCGGCCCCAGCUACACGGCCACCUACCGGCCCCAGCUACACGGCCACCUACCGGCCACAACUACACGGCCACCUACCGGCCCCAGCUACACGGCCACCUACCGGCCCCAGCUACACGGCCACCUACCGGCCCCAGCUACACGGCCACCUACCGGCCACAACUACACGGCCACAGCUACCGGCCCCAGCUACACGGCCACAGCUACCGGCCCCAGCUACACGGCCACAGCUACCGGCCCCAGCUACUGACACAGCUUCACGGCCCCAGCUACGGCUUCUUCACCGGCCCCAGCUACACGGCCACCUACCGGCCCCAGCCACGACCACCUACCGGCCCCAGCUACGGCCACCCUCGGCCCCAGCUACACGGCCACCUACCGGCCCCAGCUACACGGCCUACCGGCCCCCAGCUACACGGCCACCUACCGGCCACCCACCGGCCCCAGCUACCCGGCCACCCACCGGCCCCAGCUACCCGGCCACCCACCGGCCCCAGCUACCCGGCCACCCACCGGCCCCAGCUACCCGGCCACCUACCGGCCCUCACCCCGGCCACCCACCGGCCCCAGCUACACGGCCACCCACCGGCCCCAGCUACACCGGGACAAAACCACUGACUGAUUACUGUAACCGGCAGGUAAGUGUCCGCACAGUGCCAGCAUCAACGGCCACCUACCGGCCCUCACCGGCCACAGCUACACGGCCACCUACCGGCCCUCACCGGCCACAGCUACACGACCACCUACCGGCCCUCACCGGCCACAGCUACACGGCCACAGCUACACGGCCACAGCUACACGGCCACAGCUACACGGCCACAGCUACACGGCCACAGCUACACGGCCACCUACCGGUCACAGCUACACGGCCACCUACCGGUCACAGCUACACGGCCACCUACCGGUCACAGCUACACGGCCACCUACCGGUCACAGCUACACGGCCACCUACCGGUCACAGCUACACGGCCACCUACCGGUCACAGCUACACUGCUUUAACUCAGACACCCUGUUACUGCCACCGCCUGUCCCCAUUACCACCGCCACCUCACGCGCCUGUCCCCAUUACUGUAACCUCACCCGCAUCUCUUACUGUUGCCUCACCUGCCUGACACCUGCCUCUCCCUUACUGUUGCCUCACCCGCCUGACACCCGCCUCUCCCUUACUGUUGCCUCACCCGCCUGA